AAUCCUUUAAAAAUCUUUUAUUCCAAAAGAGCCCUUAUCAAGAGGAUUAUGUGACAUUUGCAUUGAUCCGACAUCCAUUGUUCACUAACCUGUCCACCGGACGACGGGGAACGGGGGAAGGCUGAUAGAGCUUAUUAGCUCCUCCGCCGCCGCCGCCACCGUACCUCGGACUGUCGGACACUAGGGUUUAUCACAGCAUUUUUAGCAUCUCAGGCGCGAAUCGAUGGAGACCAGAGCAUUGCUGGGACCCUCCGGCGUCCGACAGCACGACGGCGCGCGGCCAAUCCAUGGUCCGCUACGGCGGGAGCAGCGGCGAUGGGAGGGGAGGAGUCCGAGGAGCUGACGUCGGCGUACGCCAGCGAGACGCCAGCCACUCCAUGGUCAGCUACUCCGGGAGCAGCGGCGACGGGAGCAGAGGAGGGAAUGUGAUUCUACGCGGUCACCUUGAACCCGCGCUUCGUAAGUGAAUCCGUGAAGGUGUUGGAGACAGACUUGGAAUCGGAGAGGCGUGCGCGUAAUUCUUCGUUAGUGUUCGGAAUCGGAGAGUUCUCCAUCUCACAUAUUCCCCAACGAAGCCGCCGUAGCGCGCAUUUGUAAGAUCUGCAAGAAGCUCUCGCCGCCUUACCUAGGAGAGCAAGACAGGGAAUCUCUAGGCAAUCUCACAAGGAUUAGAUGGAGCUUCCCAAGCCCGUCGAUUUUGAGAAAGGGGGAGAAACAAAACCAACCGAAUUCGUCGAUCUUGAGAAAGGCCAGGAUAUUGAUGGAUGCGAGACGAAGCAGGGGGAAACUGACACCAAGAAUCAAAUAUUGGCGAACGUGCUCAGUAAAAUUAGCAUGGUGAUAAUAUUGGCAGUGUAUAUUGUUCUUGUAAUCAUUUGUUUCAAGGGUAUGUCGUCGGUCUGGGCAGCUGUUGGAACAACCAUCUUUAUCACGCCUUCCUACAUACUGAUGCUAAAGACAAUACCAUAUUUAAGAGACGUCUCCAUGGAAAGGUUUGCAUCGCACCCUGCAGCUGGUAGAGAUGGCAGCAAUCUACAAUCUGGAAAUGUGUAAAUCCAUCAAACAAGGGGCACUGUACAGUAGAAAGGGCACCUUCUCUAUUAAGGUGCCCGACUAGUCCUACAAGUCCUAUAUUAUGGCUUUUUAGUAGUGCGCCAUAAUAGAAGUUUGAGUUCUAUAAAGAACUAGGAAGGUAGCCCGCGCGAAUGCGCGGGCAUGUGUCAUAUGCUAAGUUUGAGACACUUAUAAGAGCAAAAUAUUAACCGGUG